AUGCAGCCAAAGGCACCAAAAGUUUCUACAAAGACUCACCGUCGCUCACGGACAGGAUGCUUCACCUGCCGUCUUCGCCGCAAGAAGUGUGACGAGGGAAAGCCACUCUGCAAGGCCUGCAAGCAUCUCGGUCUUAGCUGCGAGUACAAGCGUCCAGUCUGGUGGGGCAACGUUGACCAGCGCAAGCGCCAGAAGGAAACAAUCAAGAUGUUGAUCAAGAGGACCAAGUUGUCGGAGAAAGUAAAUCAGGCAUCACCAAUGAGCGCGGACUCCCCACCCGAGCUAUCGCGCUCACUCCCAACUUCCGAUACCCUUUCAGAUACACUCGCACGACGAAGGAGCUUGAGCAUGGAAUCGGGAUACACACUCGACCAGUACGAUAUCGAGGCCGAGGACGGCGCUUACCCCGAGAUUCACCAUGGACACCCACACCACCCACACCACCCGUUCCCGCCUUUCGAGGUUGAUAUCAUGACAGAGAAGCAGACCUACAUUAACAGCUAUGGUAUGCCCAUGCGAAGGAGCUCAACCAGCACAGCCUCAUACACUAGCAGCUUGAGGAGGGAUUCGACUGUGAUGUCAUCGGUGGGCUUCCCGGAGGCGUUUCAGCUGGAGGCGGGUAUCUCCCACCACGUACACACAGAGAAUGGCCACCCUGCCGCUGCGGACUACAACUUUUUCGAUUUUAACUAUGGGCAGACCGAGGCAGUGCAGGAGCAGAUUCCAUACAUCCCAGUGGACGAGCACGACCAGCAUCUCCUCGACCACUUUAUUAACAACGUUCUUCCUAUUUUGUACCCGGUUCUGGAUUUGAACUUGGAUGGCGCAGUCAGGAGGGAUGUGAUUUUGCCAGCUCUGGCUAGCAACGAAUGCUACCGAAGCUGCUGCCUCAGUAUUGCGGCGCUUCACCUCAAGGCCACUCAGGGACUGCAGGGUGAAUGGAUUGACUCCGAGAUCACCCGCCACAGAUUUAAUACCAUUUCAGGGCUCUGCAAAGCACUCGAGAAGGAUACCGAUCACCUCGAGAUUCUCGAAGCGACCAUCGGCAUGAUUCUCUUCCAAUGCUCAGUUGGAACUCCCGACGACGACCUCCCUGACAUCCCAUGGCACCAACACUUCCAGGCCAUUACUUCCCUCGUCGGAAAGCUCGACCUGCAACGAUUUUUGCAACCACUUACAGAGACCGUACACCCAACCCCAUCAGUCAACAUGACACUGACUGCCUGGAUCGACAUCCUCGGCGCCACCAUGCGCGGCCGCGCCCCACACUUCGCCGACACAUACCGUGAGAAGCAUCUCGGCGGCGGCCAAAGUGGUCUCCGCGAGCUCAUGGGCUGCGACGACCACGUCAUGUACCUUAUCUCAGAGAUUGCCUGCCUCGAAGCUCUCAAGCACGACAACAUGCUCACCGAGAUGGAGCUGUGCGAACACAUCAAGUCACUCGGGCACCAAAUGGAUCUUACCGAGCCACAAUAUGAGGAACCCGCCUACCCAAUAAUCACUCCGACGGGCCACAUCGACCACCACCAACUCAUACGCACUACCACCGCAGCAUUCAGAUACGCCGCCAGGAUCUACCUGUGCAGCCUUGUGCCUGGAUUCGACUGCACACAGCCACAGGUUGAGGAUCUGUUGAACAAGCUCACUCACUGCCUAGAGCACAUCCCGGCGGGUCCGGAUGGCUUCGACAAGAGUCUUGUGUGGGUUAUGUUGAUUGGAGGGUCCGUGGCCAUGGAGGGCUCGAGAUUUAGGAGGUUCUUUGACAGCAGGUGCGCGCUGAUGGGAGAGGACGCCAGGUACGGGAGCUUUGGGCGCAUGGUCAGGCUGUUGGAGACUCUCUGGGAGCGCAGGGAGGUGGCUUGCGAGAACAUCACAUGGAGAGAGGUUAUGGACAGCGAAAACUGGGACUUCCUCCUCAUUUGA